AAAAAAAAUUAUUUAAAUUAUGUAAUAAAAAGAAAGAAAAUUAUAACCAGUUUUAGGCGAAGCUUUUCAAUAUAAUCUGCACAAGAGUUCUAUUAAUUCCGACAGUGUUAGCUGAUCAUUCAAGACUAAUAUGCGUUAGAUCAAUAUCCAUUCUCUGUUACGUUUUCCGGUCUUGCAAUCGACUCACAUGUCGAAUAGGGUUUUCUUUAAUUCAAUUCCACUUUUAUCUAAUGGCAACCCUUUGAGCAUUACUGCUGAAAAUCGAAUGAAUGCUAAAGCAACUGUUUGAGAAUAUAUUUACGAAAUCUUCAAAAACAAAAAAAUAGCAGCUUUUAAGCGAAAUUCACCAGUUGGUAGAGGAAUUCAAAAUAAUGGGGAAUAUGAAUGAACCUUGGCCCAACGAUGCUGUACUUUAUCAGCCAUUUGAAGACGAGCAGAUUUUACUUGCGGAGAAAGCCAGUUGUUCAGCUGUGAAAGCGUACCUGAGAAUGUGCAAUCUGCCCUACGACGUACAGUUCCGUGCUAAUGCCGAGUUUAUGUCUCCGGGAGGUCAAAUGACAAAGCUGCCGGUAUUAAAAGUUAGCGGCUUCGUAUUAGCUGAAUUUGAGCCCAUAGUUAACUUUGUAGAGCAGAGAAGUGAAUCUAUUAGCAGGUGGAUGAUGGAAGAUGAGAAAACGGAAAUGCGUUCCUUUAUCUGCCUGAUAGAGAAUACAUUUACUUUGGCUGAAAUGUAUUGCAGCUUUAUGCUGAAAGGUGUCUACGAUGAGGUUACAGCUCCUCGCAAUGGUUGCGUGUUUCCAUGGCCAUUAAAUAAAAUUCAAAAUUUAUCCAAACGUCAUCAAGCAGAGAAAAUGCUUAAAAUUUAUCAAUGGACAGAUAUGAAUUUCGACGAUGUACUUGAAAAAGUAAGCACUUGUUGUAGAUAUCUCGAAAUGAAAUUAGAAGAAAGUUUUGGACCCUAUUUCUACGGCGAAAGGCCGUGCGAGUUGGACGCUUUAGUUUUUGGUCAUUUGUCUUCAAUCCUUACGACAAAUUUACCGAACAACGGUAUAGCGCAAACUGUCGGGCAAUUCAAAUUACUGAUGCAAGCCGCCCGAUUCGUGGAAUAUAAAUAUUUUCAAAAAAAGUCCUUUUAAUAA